AUGCCAGCAGAUGAGGUACAAGAAACUCCACAGGAAGAAGUUCAGAUACAACCAGACAUGGAAGAAAUAGUUCAGCAACAACAGCUAGAAGAGCCUGAAGGAAACGAACAAAUCCCUCCUUUGGAAACUAACUUCACAGAACUAGAUGAAGAUUUGGAACAGCCGAAAAAUCUUGACCCUCAACAAGUGUAUGCGGGGAAUAUGGAAUCUUUCCAAGAGUCUAAGAAAAAUUCGGCUGACAUAGUAGAAGAAUAUCGAAAAAUGUUCGCCGACAUACAAAAGACUCCAACAUCAGAUGAAAAUAUCCAGCAUAGAAUGGAAGUACUGAAAGAUAAUGUACACAAAUACAACAAUCCUUUUUACUUACGAGCAUAUAACGUUCAAUCUUUGGAUGAACUCGGUGAAAAUAAAAGGUUAAAUUUCAACAAAACAUAUAGAAAUGAAACAUUGUUUAAAGUUCAUUCAGAACCUAGCCAAUAUGGAAACAAACCUACUUUUGUUUCUGCAGACGAUGGAACUACAAUGAGAUGGGGUCAUAAAGCUAAUCCGGAUAGGUGGUUCAUAAACUUACAACCACAAUUCCAAGAAGUUGUAGACGCAAUGGAAGUGAAUGGUGAACCAGAUGUAGCUGGUAUUUUCAGCGCGGCUUUAAUGCCAUUGAAAGAUAUGAAAGAUGCAGAUAUUUUGAACCAGUAUGAAAUGAACAUGGCUGAUGGAAAUAUAACACCUGACGUUCUAGAACAUUUAUCUCAAAGAACUACACAGAACCAUAAAGAUGGUAUAUUUGGUGAAGAGUUUAGAAAGAAAGUUAGGGAGAGAGAAGGAAGAGAACCUAUUGUACAUGACCUUGCAAACGAAAGUUUACAAAAUGUCAUAAAAACUUACUUUGCAGACAAUGAACCGAGAAGGGAUGAAUAUUUAAGAAAACUCAAAUGGACAGUACCAAAUGAAAUGUUAGUAUUGAAAAACAUGUUCCUUGACAAAAUAAAACCAACUA